UUCUUUGUAUAUUCGCUGUAAUGAUGAUUUAGAAAAAGGCACAGUACACAGUAAUAAUUUCCGUUGCAGUAUCAUUCCAGAAUCCCCCAGGUGGCUUCUUUUGGUGGGAAGGAGAAAACAAGCUAUGCAAAUCCUCCGAAAAAUAGCCAAGGUCAACGGAACGACCUUGACCGGAGAGAUAACAGAAGUAUGCCGGGAAAGUGGGUCGUUGAGGGACAUUCUAACCUUAUUGAAAAUGCCUAAGCUCGUACUCAGAUGGACCAUCGUGUCAUUUAUUUGGUUUGCCAUAUCUCUAUCCUACUAUGGUCUCAUCUUGAAUGCCGGAAGAAUCGGCGGGAAUAUUUACCUCAACUUCCUGGUGUCCGCCAUAGUCGAGGCCCUAGGCUACAGCUCGUGUCUCGUUAUCAACGACAGGUUCGGACGGAAGAUCAUGAACUGUGGCAGCCUCGUUCUGACGGGAGUGGCCUGUCUAUCCACCAUACUAACCACGCAGCUGGGAGGCGAAUCCCUCAGUUGGUUUACCAUCACCCUGUCUAUGAUUGGAAAGUUCGGAGUUUCAGCAGCAUUCGGAAAUAUCUUCAUUUACACCUCGGAACUGUUUCCAACGUCCAGUCGUAGUUUCAUUCUUUCCUCGUCCAAUAUCUUCGCACGUAUCGGAUCCCUGAUAUCGCCCUACAUUGCCGACCUG